AUGCCAGAUCCAGCCCCUUCAAGCGCAACCUCGGGCUUUUUCCAGCCCAAACCCCAAGUCAUAUCCCAGGCCGAAGAGGACGAGAUCUUCCAACGUGCCAUAUCCUUCUUCCUGCCUCUAGAUAUCCAACAACAAACUCGCUCUGAAUUCUCGGACUGGAGCCAGCGCGUGAUAUCGCCAGAAGUCCUCAAUUGGAUCGUAAACGCCGAGGAGAAUCCCCCGUCUCUACGCCACCAGGAUACCUUUGGCCGAUCUCAGGCAAAAUUGAUCACGAGCGAAGGAUGGCGCAAUCUUCAAGCCUUGGGGUUAAAGCAAGGGACCGUUGCAACGGGAUAUGAAGGUAGAUUUGGGAUUUACGAUAGGGUGUUGCAAUUUUUGAGGAUCAUUCUGUGGAGUCCCAGUUCGGGGCUGGUUACCUGUCCGAGUGCUAUGCAAGAUGGUGCUGCAGCACUACUGAAAAAGCAUAUACAGGAGGGAAAAGAUCUGGAUACAGAGGAACAGGCGCUGUAUCAAGGCGUUCUUCAUAAGCUGACAAGUCGAGAUCCGGCCGUUGCGUGGACAAGUGGUCAGUGGAUGACUGAGCGAGCGGGUGGUUCUGAUGUGCGCGGCACGGAGACAAGAGCAAGACCUUUGACGGAAACCGAGUCAUCAGAGCAACAAAAUCUCAAGUCGGUGGAUGGAGGUAGUUUAGGUAAUUGGUGGGUCGACGGGUACAAGUGGUUCUCCUCAGCUACAGAUGCGGACAUGACGAUUUUGCUGGCAAAAACACCUAAUUCUGAUAACCUCAGCGUCUUUUAUGCUCCGAUCAAGAGGCAGAGACUCAUCAAUGGGCAUCUAGUCGCUGAGUUCAACGGCAUCAAUCCUCAACGACUCAAAAACAAACUUGGAACGAAAGCUCUGCCGACGGCGGAAUUAGAGCUCAAAGGCAUGCGAGCUCACCAGCUUGGGAAGAAAGACGUUGGAGUGAAACAGAUUAGCACGGUCUUGACGCUGACAAGAUUACACACUGCCAUUGGAUCAAUCGGAUAUCUAGGUCGUGGAUUGGCUAUCUCUCGAGCUUUCGCUCGCGUCCGAAGAGUCGGGGGCGGGAGAUUGCUUCUGGAUGUCCCCGUACACGUCAAAAGUAUGGCAAAGGAGCAUGUUGAGUAUAAAGCCCAUACCAUGCUAGCACUCUUCGCCGUCUCCAUGCUUGGCAUCAGCGAACAUGCUGCGUCAGUCCAACAGUCCUCCCUCGUAUCAUCCGUGGAACAAGCCAGACUUUUUCUACGACUAUUGACGCCGAUAGCCAAGGCACUUGUAUCAUUAGCCGCGGUAAAUGGCUUGAGGGCAUCCAUGGAGAGCUUAGGAGGAGUCGGAUAUCUCGAAAACAACGACGAUCCGGAACUAAAUAUCGCCAGGAUAUUUCGAGAUGCGAACGUGAUGACUAUUUGGGAAGGCACAUCAAACAUCAUGGCCGACGACACUAUCCGCGUCCUCACCGGUCGCGAGGGGCAGAAAGUAUUAGAUACACUCGAAAACUGGUGCAGGGACUUUGCAGCCAAGGCUGGAUCCUUCGACUACCAGUACCGAAUACUGCUGACCGAGCUGCGGCGAAUCAAAGAGCAAGUCGCGACAAUGGACCGGUCUGAGCUACAAUUUCACAGUCCAGAGAUUAUGGAAAGUCUGGGAUGGUUCGUUGCUGGGACAUUGCUUGUUCAAGAUGCGCUGAGAGACGGGAAUCCGAUCGCCAACGAAAUCGCUCUAAGAUGGUUGGCUAAAAAGGAUGCUCGACAGCAGCAAAAGCUUUCUGAUAGGCCGUGGCAAGAGACUGCUAUGCUUGAUAAAAGCAUUGUAUUUGGGAAUGACACUCCAAGCGUAUCUAAAUUGUAG